CGAGAAUCAAAAUGAAAAAAUUAAGUCUUCUAAAUAUUGGCUAACUUCUCAAUUAGAAUCAAAAAACAACUAUAACACAUCAUUCUCAAGAAUAAUCCAAAAAAUUUAGCAGCUUUGAUCUCAUCACUAAAAGUCCAUAUAAGAACUCCAUUAAUAAGUAACAUCUAAGACAUCAUCCUAAAGAGUAUUUUCCAAUUACUACAAGACAAUAAGAAUUUUAAACUAUUAAAUCUCCUUCUUAAACAUCCAAAGCUACCAAAUAAUUCAGUAUUACAAAUGCUUGUAUAUAUUAUAAUUAAUAAAUUAGUAUCAUAAUUGUAUAAAGAUGAAGUUAAACAACCUGGCUCAAGUAGAAGAACAUCCAAAAAGAAUUACACUUACUAGUUAAAAAAUAUACUUGUCAAAGAUAAACUAUCCCCUUUUGACAUUACAUAAAGUACUCCAUUUAAUUCAAUAUAGGAAUCGCUACUUAAGUUACUUAACCCAACAUUCCUCAAUCCCCUAAAACUAAUUUAAAAACUAGUCCAGAUGUUAGAUCCAUUUUUACAGAUAACAAUAAAUAAAAACUAUCAAAUAAAAUUAAAACUCAAAAUACAACUGACAGAAUGUUACAAUUAGAAACAACCAGAUAAAAAAUUAUUGCUCUCUAAUUAAAAAUAUAAGGUAAUAUUCAAUAAAGAUCUUAAAGAAAUGCUAAUAAAAAUAAUUUAUUUGAUGAAAAAAAAUAACAACUUUCCUAAUCAAUUUAAUAAACUAUUUAACAAUAAUUAUAAAAACCUUAAUUACCUCAAAAUGCUGUCAUUGUACUCAAAAACUAUCUUGAUUAAUUAACAGAUUUCGAAAAAAAGGAAAUUAUUGAUUAUGAGACUAUCUAUUAUCUACCUCCAAAAAAUAUAAGAUUAUUAAAACAAGAACCUAAUGAAGAUUAAUAAUAUAAUAAUGGAUUUGAUAAUAGCAAGUAAAUUAUAUUAUUAUUAUAUCUAGUGGAGAUUACAAAUUUGUUAAAUAAGAUUAAAUUGCUUAUAGAUAUGAAAUGUUAGAAAAAUUAGGUCAUGGAAGUUUUGGAUAUGUUUUUAAGGUUCAUGAUCAUAAACAUAAAUAAAACACUGCCUUAAAAAUUAUUAAAAAUAAAGAAAAAUUUUAUAAUCAAGCUCUUAUUGAAAUUGAAAUAUUAAAAGUAAUUAAUAAAGCAGAUCCAACUUGUUGCUUAAUUAAAAUGCUCAAUUAUUUUGAAUUUAGAGGACAUAUUGUAAAAAUUAUCAUUUAAUUAGAAAAGUGUCUUGUCUUUGAAUUGUUAAGUUGUAACUUAUAUGAAUUCAUAGCUAUUAAUGAGUUUUCUGGUUUUGAUCUUGAUUUGAUAAGAAGAUUUGCUAUUCAAAUUUUAUAGGCAUUAUUAUUUAUGAAAGAAUAAAAUAUAAUACAUUGUGAUUUGAAACCAGAAAAUGUAUUAUUAAAAGAUUUUAAUCGAUCUGGAAUUAAAGUUAUUGAUUUUGGAUCUAGCUGUUUUGCUAACUAAAAACUAUAUACAUAUAUACAAAGUAGAUUUUAUAGGGCACCUGAAAUUGUACUUGGACUCCCAUACUCAACUUAAAUUGAUAUGUGGAGUUUUGGUUGCAUUGUAGCUGAACUCUUUACAGGAUUAUCAUUGUUUUAAUCUAAAUCUGAAAAAGAGUUGCUUUAUCUCUAAAUUAAAGUAAUAGGAAAACCAGAUAAAUAUUUAUUAGAAAAUUGUACAAGGAAAUCAAAAUUUUUUGAUGAACAACUCUAAUUAAAUUAUACAAUCAAUGAAUUAGAUUUAAUCCAAUAAAUUAAACCUUUAUCAUAAUAACUUGAUAAAUCAUCAGAAUAGUUUUAAGAUGUAUCAAAUUAUAAUAAGAAAUAUAGUUUGUUAAAAAAUGUUUAACUUGGGAUCCAAAUUAAAGAAUGACUCCAGAAGAAGCAUUAACACAUUCAUGGAUUAUUGAUGGUUUACCUUCAUCGAUAAAGUAAGAAUUAAAUAAUGAAUUUUAGAAAAUAACAUCUUUAAUAAAUGAAACACUACAGACAACUUCGAACUGAAGGAGAUAUAGAUUAUUUAAUAUAAUCAUAAGGCCAAGGAGAACAAUAAGAAUGA